AUGAGACUCCUCCUGGCUUUUCUAAUUUGCAUCGCUGCAAUUGUCUUCUCCACGAAAGACAAUCUACUUGCCUAUCUCAAGCCGAGUUCGCUUCUAAAGACCGAGAACACCACCCUGUCAACCAACCUGAACUCGUUCCCUCUUCCUCCCACGGUCGGCCCCAUAACCAACAUGUCCCUCCCCCGCGCAAUCCGGCAGGUCUUCCUAGCCAUCGAACAAGCAGAAGGCGCCGGAGCCCGCGUUCGCCGCUCCAUCGGCACCGCCAAGCUGCGCAACUUCAGCCCAUUUCUCAUGCUUGACCACUUCACCAUCGGCACGGGCGCCGGGUUCCCAGACCACCCGCACCGCGGCCAGGAGACCAUCACGUACCUGCUCUCGGGUGGAGUCGACCACGAAGACUUCGCCGGCAACAAGGGCACUAUCGGCCCCGGCGACCUGCAGUUCAUGACGGCCGGUCGCGGGAUUAUGCACGCCGAGAUGCCCCACGAGAACCCAGACGGCAGCCCCAACGUCGGCAUGCAGCUGUGGGUUGAUCUGCCGCAGAAGCUGAAGAUGUGUGAGCCGCGGUAUCGCGACCUGCGCGCGUCGGAGAUCCCCAUCGCGAACGUGGAUGACGGCCGCGUUACUGUCAAGGUCAUCUCGGGCCAGUCGCAUGGCGUCGACUCCGUGCGCGACCUUGCCUACACGCCUGUCUGGCUGCUGGAUGUGACCAUUCGGCCUGGCGGGCGGAUCUCGCAGCCCCUCCCGAAGGGCUGGAAUGCUUUUGCGUACACGCUGUCCGGCGACACGGUCUUCGGGUCGAAUGACUCCACGCGGAUUAUUAAGGAGUUCCACAAUGUGGUCUUUGACCAAGAAGGCGAUUUUGUCGAUGCCUCGGUGCCUGAUAACGCUGACGCCGAGAGUCGCUUCAUUCUCGUCGCGGGCCAACCGCUGGACCAGAAGGUCGUGCAGUACGGCCCGUUCGUGUUGAACUCCCAGGAGGAAGUCUACCAGGCUAUGAUGGACUACCAAACUGCGUCGAAUGGCUUUGAGAAGUCGCGUGGGUGGCAGAGCGAGAUUGGAAAGAGAAUGACAUGA